UCACUCUGUAGCCCAGGCUGUCCUCAAACUCACAGAGAUUUGCCUGCCUCUGCCUCCCAAAUCCUGGGAUUAAAGAUGUGUGCCAUCACUCCUGGCCACUGUAACCACUUUUAAGUGUAUAUAGUUCAGUAGCAUUAAACUCACCAUCAUUAUGUACAUUCCAGGACACUGUCAUCUUCCCAAACUAAAGUCUUGUCCCCACUGUGUAACUCCCCAACCUCCUCUCCCCGGCACCCACUCCUUCUGCAUCUACAAAUCUGGCUACCCCAGGGACAUCAUAUGUUCUUUUGACUGGCUUGUUUCAUUCUGCCUCGGAGUUCAUCAUUUGUAGCACGCGCCACCAUUUCCUUUUAAGGCUUAGCAACGCUCCGUUGCAUGGCAGAGCACACAUCUGUAUAUUCCUCCAUCCAUUCAUGGUCAUAUUCUGAUGCACAAAGAUUUUAUAUUUUCUUUCCGACAGGGUUUCUCUGUGUAGCCCUGGCUGUCCUGGAACUCUCUCUGUAGACCAGGCUGGCCUUGAACUCUCAGAGAUCCCCCUGCCUCUGCCUCCUGAGUGCUGAGAUUAAAGAUGUGCGCCCAGCUAGAUUGUACAUGUUCAUGGUCCAAUGUGACUGCUUUCCCUUUGGCUGUCACUGGAAAGUUGAAUGUCAUCAGUUUCUGCCCUCCUUCCCCGCUAGGAGUUUUGAACCUCGGUGCUUAUGUCCAAGCCUCUGAUUCAUUUGAAUUAAUUUCAUGUUUGGUGCCUGGCAAGGCUCCAACUUCAUUCUUUUGCUGUAGACACCCAUGUCCCCUGAGAUGCCUCACAGUCAGAAGAGGAGGCCAAAGCCCAGUCUCCACCCCACAGCAAAACACCACAACCUGCUUUUGCUCGACUGGCCUCCUCCCAGCUGUUUGGGCCAGAAAACCUGGGCAAUAUCCUGAUUCUACGUCCAUCAUCACUCUUAACUCCCCAGAAGCCUGCUGCAAGUCUCCAGAGCAUCUGGCGCAGACUAUGUAUGCAUGCCCAAGACAUGCUCAGGAUGACUGAGGCCACAGCUGGUAGUAAGGGACCUAUUCCUCUUGAAAUCUGUUCUGAGGGGCUGAAGAGAUGGCUCAGUGGGCAAAGCACUUGCUACACUAGUGUGAGGACCUGAAUUCAGAUCCCAGCACCUGAACUAAACCAGGGUGCAUUUCUGCAGUCUCAGCUCUUGGGGAGGGAGGCAGCAUAAAUGAGGUAGACAGUGGUAGAGAAAGACACCCAACAACUGUGAGGGACAUCAGAAUUCAUACUUGAAGUGCGAAUGACGGUGGCCGCAGGAUGGUGGUGUCCCACACAGGACAACCAUCCUAGAGUCGGUUCUCGCCUACUUUUAUGUGGGCUCAGAGAUUGAACUCAGGUCAUCAGGCUUGCACCAUCGAACAGUAAACACCUUUAUCUGUUCUGAGUCCAGUGUGGUGGCUCAUAACUGUAAUCUCAGCACCUGAGAGGCUGCGGUCAGGAGUUCCAGGUGAGGUCGGGCUGCACGGUAAGACCCUCAGAAACACUGAGAAGUGGGGUGUGCGUUUGUGAUCUGUUUUGGAAAAAAAUUUAAAUGCAGAAAAAGACAGACAUGUAGAGCACUUCAGCAGCCUUAUCCCCACCCAGCCGGGGCCAGCCCUGCUUUGCCUCUCUCUAUCCUAGAAGUCACUUUGACAUUGGCCUUUAUCCCCAGCUCCUUGGCAACUCUAUCCCAGCCGCCCCAAGCAAAUACACAGGUGCUUGGAAGGUCUGGCUAACACAGUACCCAGGCCCUUGUCCAGCACAAGGGAGGCAGGCAGGAGUGAGGCCACCUCAGUGGGCAGAAGUAGCCCCUGGAGCUAAUCAGACAGCAAAGCAACCUGACAGUGCUAGAGGAAGCUGAUCCCAGCUAGGAUUCUGUACCCGGUCACAGUCACUCUUCUAUGUGUAAUAAGCCCAUUCCAACAAGGGGUGCUGGGUGUGGCUUCUGCUUGGAAUGGGGGUGACAUGGGGAGAGCUGAGGGUGACUAUUUCUCCCAGAUCUGUCUGCUCUGCCACAGCUGACACACAGGAAGACAGGGGCAGGGCCUCAGCUCUGUUAGGUUACCAGAAAUGAGAGGCCUCUGUGUUCCAGGGUUACCUGGUCUCCCAGACUUGACAUAGUCCUUCCAGCUACUCUGUCUCUUAGGAUCCUCAUAUUAUAUGGUAUCCUUAAGUUUCCAGACCUACAGGCCACCAUCAACCCACUAGAAAAACACAGAGCAGAGCACUGGCAGAACCCGGCACCCACCUAGACAUGUCCAGCUGAUAGAUAUCGUCCAAGAACGUCUCCCAUCCUUGAGCCAGCACUGGGCAGACCAUCUGUGUCUGACAGCUCCCUGUAGGACCUGUCCUACUGUGUGCCUGGUUUGAGUUCACAUGGGGCCUAAAGUGGCAAAGAGAAUUUUGUAAGUGUGGCUGCUUGAAGACCCUGAGGUGAGAGUGGCCCUAGUUAUCAGGGGCCCCAGAUGUGAUCAUGUGUCCUGAGAAGUGGGGGACAUGAGGGUCAGAGUUCAGAGAGCAGGGGCAGAAAGGGUCAGAGGGCAGAAGCCAACCAUGUUCGUUUUGAAGGUAGGGAUAUACUAUAUAUUAGAGUGUGGGCCUUUCUAGGAUUGGAAGGGACAAGUCUGGAGACACCUGAACCCCAGCCAGGGGCAUUGUGUUGAACCCCAGCAUCCUGAAAUGACCUUGUAGAAGCCUGUUUUGCUGAAAGCUAGCAGAUGUAAGGACAUCUACCGGCUUGUGAUCUUGUAUCUUGUGCUGUCUGCAUUGUCUGGACACACUCAGUGGGAUCUCUGGAACUCUGGGAAGUGGCUUGACAAACAUAGAGACGGCCUCUCUAGUCUUGGGACACAGGUGGCAUGGUGUCUUCCCAUGUCCCCCCUAUUGACAAAUCCCUCUCCAUCCAGGCUCCUGCGCUGCUCCCAUGGAGACUAUGACCCCCCAUCUGUCAGUACCACUCUGGGUUCUGGCCAAAACCCCUUGGACAGACACGUUUCUUGCUCCUCCACACAGGUUGCCCUUUGCAGUGACCCAGGGACCUCAGAAACUCUAGCCACGUCAGUUUAUAUACUAACAGGAAAAGGCAAUUGUCCCCACCAGGAUGGAAAGAAGGCUCUGUGGAAUUGUGGGGUCUACCUAUUCCUGCUAAGCAGGCCCAGGUGGCCAGGAUCUAGAGUGGCCUGGGACUUUGGCUGACAUUGUGAUGGAGUUGGUCUGAAGCCCUGUCUGGCUGGGUUAAUGUGUGCACUGUGGUGAGGAACAACAUAGCCGCUGUGAAGAGAAACAGCCAGAGACAACAAGCCGCACUUUCUCUCCAACAGGCCAGGCCAGGUGCUACCUGGGUUCUGCGGCCCGCCCUCCGGCCCGCCCUCCGCACGAACUGGGCAUGCCCAGAAGUUGCGUAGACGUGCCCGACAGCUCCGGUCUGCGGAAGACUCUCCCCCUGCGCCACCCAUGGAGCGCAUCGAGGGGGUGACCGUGGGCCUCUGUUCCCGCUCGCCCUACCUGCGGCCUCUCACCCUGUCUUACCAAGUGGAUGGUGUCCAGAAGUCCUGGGACUUCAUGAAGACACAUGACAGUGUGACUGUUCUCAUGUUCAACUCUUCUCGAAGAAGCCUGGUGUUAGUGAAGCAGUUCCGGCCAGCUGUAUAUGCAGGCGAGAUGGAACGCCUCUUCCCAGGGUCACUGGCAGCUGUGGACCGGGACCAGCCCCAAGAGCUUAAGCCAGCACUGCCCGGCUCCGUGGGAGUGAUGGUGGAACUCUGUGCGGGCAUCGUGGACCAGCCUGGGCUCUCACUGGAAGAAGUGGCCUGCAAGGAGGCUUGGGAAGAGUGUGGCUAUCACCUGGACCCCGCUGAUCUGCGCCAGGUUGCCACAUACAUGUCUGGAGUAGGACUGACUGGCUCCAAGCAGACCAUGUUCUACGCGGAGGUGACAGAUGCCCAGCGAGGUGGGCCUGGUGGAGGCCUGGCUGAGGAGGGAGAGCUCAUAGAGGUCAUACAUCUGAACUUGGAUGAUGCCCAGGCCUUUGCGGAUAAUCCGAAUAUCCCCAAGACUCUCGGUGUCAUCUUUGCUAUCUCUUGGUUCUUUAGCCAGGUGGCUCCCCACCUAAAUCUCCAGUGAGACCCUGGGGCUACACAGCCCUGUCCCAUCCACUCAGCCUCCUGACCCGCACACUCAAUAAAGGUUUUAUAGUUUUCA